AUGCACGACACUGUAUUCAAAUACUACAGCAGCAAUACACUACUAGUCAAGUGCAAACUCUCGGGGUGUGAAAAUGCGACCAUUCUCCAUGAUUAUGAUGAUAUCCCAGCCGGCGAGUGGGUCAAGAUUUCGUGGCGCCUUCACAGCCACCUCCUCCAGCUCGUCAUCAGCACGGCGUUUGCGCGGAUUGCGUUUUGGUCGGCCAGCAGGUGCUGCCUCGCCCUCUACCGGCACCGGCACCGGCACUUGCUGGGAUUGGCCGUUGUCCGCGGCCGGCAACUCGAGCAGCCUGAGGUUGGACUCGGCGGGAUGACGAAACAAUUAAUGCGUACUUCGCCCAACUCAAUGCGGAUUCUGGCGCUGUCAAAACUCCGCCCACCGACAAUACCAGCUUCGACUUGA